ACGCGUCAUCUUGAUUCUGGCCGUCUGAGUUUCGGUUUUGCGCGCGUUGUUGUUACGCUGAUUAAUCCCCGUUAGGGUGGCAUUCCCGGCGAAGUUGCAAGGGAGUGUUACGCCAUCCGCGCUGAAUUCGAUUUGUGGCACGGGGUCUGGAUCUACUUUAUCUGUAUGAUCCUUGAGCUUCGCUGGUUCUUGCUGGGCUCCCGAUCGAGGAUUCGCCGUUGAAGAUUGCGAGCAAUUGAUCCGACUUUUGUUGAUUCUACAGGCAUCACUUUUUUUGUGGUUACUGCUUAUGCGAUUUAAUCUAGGAAGCUUCAACGGGAUUUAGCAAAAAGAUGCGGGGCUAUAGUAGAGCUGAACUCCAUCAACGUGAUGAAGAAUUAGAUGAAUAUGAAGAGGGUGGGGAAGAUCAAGAGGGAGAAGCAGACGAGUAUGAAGACGAAGUAGAAGAGGAAGAUCCAAAACCUACCAAAGAGGAGCUUCAAUACUUACAGUUAAGGCAAAAGCUAAAAGAAACCCUUAGAAAGAAGUAUAAGAAGGAAUCUGGUGCUGUUCCCAGUAAGACCCAGGAGGAAAAGAAAAAGAAGCUUCCAUAUGACAAUUAUGGAUCAUUCUUUGGCCCUUCUAAGCCUGUUAUUGCUCAAAGAGUACUGGAAGAGAGCAAAUCAAUACUAGAAACCCGGCAUUUGGUAUCAAGGAUUUCAAGUUCCCAUCAUACCAACAAAAAAGGCUCUGCUUCAAUCACAUCAGGAACAAAGCCUUCUGUACAUGAUAAACCACCAAAAAUUAUUAAUGAGUUACAAAGAAAAGUGCAGAAGCUCAAGGAUACACGGAACUAUUCUUUUCUGUUUUCCGAUGAUGCAGAACUCCCUUCUCCCGCAAAAGAGCAUCCACCACGAAAUGUUUCUGUCCCAAGUUCUGAUGCCCGAUCAGCUCAAGUGCCAUUGAAGAGCAAACAGUCAAUGAACAAGCCUAGCAGGCCAGUUUCCAAUGGCCAUGAAGAAAGAAAACAUGUUUCUGUGAAUCACAAAAUGCCCCCUAAAGUAGGGCUCCAGAAGGUGGCUCCUACUAAUAGGCCAAAGUCGAUUUCUGCUGAUCCUAAAAGACAGCUUGGUAGCAACUCUGAGAGUGGACCUGGCCGGCCAGUUGGGUCAAAGGGCUUGUCCUCCAAAAUUCCAGUUCCUGCUGCAUACAAGAAACCAUCUGUAGUAGGGGCAAAAAGUUCCUUGCCUGGUGUGCAGAAAGUACCAUCAUUGAAGUUGAAUUCAUCUGUGCAAAAGCAACAUUCAGAACAGAAAAGGGAUUUUUAUCAACCUGAUAAGGCCAAAGUGAUAUCAAAACAGCCAGUUUCUUCUUCAAAACCCCAGAUUAAGCCCCCAAACCAAAUUCCAAGGCAUGCAACCAUGGGAGAGCAUUGCCCAAAAAGGAAGCCUGUGAAACGGUAUUCUGAUGAAGAUGAUGAUGACGAGGGUGUUCAGGCUAUCAGCAUGAUUAGAAAAAUGUUUGGGUAUAACCCCAAUAAGUAUGCUGGCAGAGAUGAGGAUGACAGUGACAUGGAAGCUAAUUUCGAUGAUAUACAAAGGGAGGAGAGAAAAAGUGCAAGAAUUGCAAAGGAGGAGGAUGAAAGAGAGCUUCGCCUCAUUGAAGAAGAAGAAAGAAGGGAAAGGUUGAGAAAAUUAAAAAAGCGCAAGCUUUAGCCGGCAAUGACCAUGGCCACCCCAUGUCUUGGAUGCUUUUCUUCUGUUUCUUCUAUUUUGUAGGAUGGUCUCCUUUCGAUAACUUAUCUGUCCCAUCCCUUUUUUCCUUUUCUCCUCAAUUGUAGUAAUUGAUAUGCAUGGCAUUCAUGUUUUGGUUAAUAAUGACCGUUUUCAUUUAGUGGUACGAUUAUUACCUUUUCAAUUGGGGGUCAUAGAAUUAUGUGUUUGCAAGUCAUGGACAAACAAAAGAUGAAGACAGAAAAGUUAUCUCUGACACGUAUUUGGCUUAUUUUUAUCUCCACUUCCUACGGAGAAUUAUAGAAACAAAUGCAGCCGCAUUUAACAUUU